AUGCUGGCGCUGGGGCAGAUGGACGGCGCGCCCCGGCAGGGCGCCUUCCUGCUGGGCAGCCCGCCGCUGGCCGCCCUGCACAGCAUGGCCGAGAUGAAGGCGCCGCUGUACCCCGCGUACCCCCUGCCCGCCGGGCCCGCCUCCUCCUCCUCCGCCUCCGCCUCGCCCGCCUCCGCGUCGCCUUCUCCGCCGCUCGGCUCCCCCGGCCUCAAGGCGCCGGCCGCCUCCGCCGCCGCCGCGGGCGGGCUCUCGGCGCUGGGCACGGCCCCGCCGCAGCUCUCGGCAGCCACCCCGCACGGCAUCAACGACAUCCUCAGCCGGCCCUCCAUGCCCCUGCCGGGCGCCGCGCUCGCCUCCGCCUCGCCCUCCGCUUCCUCGGCGGCGCCCGCCGGGCUGCUGGCCGGGCUGCCCCGCUUCGGCAGCCUCAGCCCCCCGCCGCCGCCGCCGCCCGCCCUCUACUUCAGCCCUGGGGCCGCCGCCGCCGCCGCCGCCGUGGCCGCCGGGCGCUACCCGAAGCCUCUGGCCGAGCUGCCCGGCCGGACGCCGAUCUUCUGGCCGGGGGUGAUGCAGAGCCCGCCCUGGAGGGACGCCCGCCUCGCCUGCGCCCCCCAUCAAGGCUCAAUUUUGCUGGAUAAGGACGGAAAGAGAAAACAUACAAGACCCACUUUUUCUGGCCAGCAGAUUUUCGCUCUGGAAAAGACUUUCGAACAAACGAAAUACCUGGCGGGCCCGGAGCGAGCCCGGCUGGCCUAUUCCCUGGGGAUGACGGAGAGCCAAGUCAAGGUCUGGUUCCAGAACCGACGGACCAAGUGGCGGAAGAAGCACGCGGCGGAGAUGGCGACGGCAAAGAAGAAGCAGGACUCGGAGACGGAGCGGCUGAAGGGCGCCUCGGAGAACGAGGAGGAGGACGACGACUACAACAAGCCCCUGGAUCCCAACUCGGACGACGAGAAGAUAACGCAGCUCCUGAAGAAACACAAGCCGGGGGGCGGCGGGCUGCUGCUGCACGCCCCGGAGGGAGAGGCCUCCGUCUAG